CCGAUUAGUUUCCGUUCAACCUUCAUCUCGACCGGUACGCCGAGACCGUGGUCGGGUCGUGUACGCGUGUGUUUCGGGUUUUUGGUGGACAACGAAGUCGUCGUCUUCCCGGUUGCCUAGCAUCGGCCACGGACCGCGUGUGCUGGCGUUGCUGUGACGAUUGCGCACCACAAACCAAACAAGUGACUUGUAUGCUCCGCCAAGGCAAUGCCAAACGCGUCGGUUCGUCAGUUCGCGCUGGAACGUCCUGGCUGACGGAGCAUAGGAACGGACCGUCUAUCGGAUAGAGUGUGUGUGGAAGUGGUUGUGUGUAUGUUGGGUUUAUUGGAGGAUCAUCGUGAGGAUCCUUGGUGGUCGGAAUUGAUUGCUGAAGUGUGUAAUGUGGAGUGGCGCCAUACGGCCAACGACAAAGUGCAACUUAUUCAGCGCAACCCCAAUCAUUGGAGAAGUGCGAUAAGAAGGGUUUAAAGCAAAUAUUUUCAUUUCCCUGCUAAGGUGACACGAAACGUCGCCGCAGGUUGCUAAGUUUUCCGUAAGCUGUCUAUUGAUACCGGAAACUGAGCACAGCCAACUGUGUGGACCACGUUGCUAGGGAGCUAGUUCUCUUACUCCCUUGUGGUGUGCAUGGCUUUCGGUGUCCAAGGUUUGGUCAGUCAAUGUUCGAAAUAGUGUAGGGAUUUUGCAUAAUUUUCCACAAACAAUCCGGGACGCAACGGAGGCCCUCAAAAACAAUCCGCGUCCGGUGUGCGAAGUGUGAUAAGACCCAUCUCCCCAAUAACCUGAGUUACCUCGUCUGUUUGAGGUAGUUUUAGAUGCGCCUUUUCAAGUUUAAAGUUGGUGAAAGUGAUAAAACACACAUUUGCACGGUGUCCACUGGUUGUAAUUGACCUUGGCCGUGAGUUGAGGAUUAAACAGUUGAUUAAAACGGUUCCGUCCUUUCCAUCAAUCACCACCAGGAAAGGAUAAACAGUGUUAAUUAAAAAGCAAGUAAGGUUUUCGAGCGUUCCAGAAAAAAGAGUGGUUUGUCCAUUUCGUAAUACUCCGUCCAGUCCGUACGCUUGGUGUGCUGUGAUACGUACGUAGUUUCGGAGUUGCGGAGCGCUCUCUCUCUCUCCCUUCACCUCAUUUCAUCAACAUGUCCACCACGUCCAGCUGGGACGGCAGUGUGAAGAUGAGCAGCAACAACGCGCCAAACUCGGCCGCCACCACGCCGUCAACCGGCGGCACCACCGUACAGACCGAGUCGACCAAAUGCGGCGGCAGUUAUGGUGCGCCGUCCUCGCCGAUCGCCCUGGAGGAAGGCGGCUGUCCGCCGAUCAAGGUCGCGGCGGGCGACGAGGAGCCGGCAUUGCAAAGGCCCGCGACGCCGCCACCCCGCGCCUACCAUUGCGGGUGGUUUGCGCUGCGCCCCAAGUGGAUGGAGCGGUUCAUGACGCCCAAGUGGGCCCUGUUUUGGCUGUGCUGGGCCGGUGCCGUGCAAGGAUUGGUAGUCAAUGGUUUCAUAAACGUUGUCAUCACAACGAUCGAGCGGCGGUUCGGCUUACGCUCGACCCAAACUGGCCUGGUGGCCAGUGGCUACGACAUUGCGUCCUUCCUGUGCCUCGUGCCAGUAUCGUACUUUGGUGGCCGGCUUGGUGCCUCGAAACCGCGCUGGAUCGGAUGGGGCGUAGCGGUGAUGGGACUCGGUGCGUUCGUCUUCGCUUUGCCACACUUUCUCGUGGGCCAGUAUCGGGCGACGAAUUCGGAUCAGAACGUGUGCACGCUGGCAACCGCACUAGUGACCAACGGUACGGGCGCAUCUGUGGAGGCACUAACGGAGCUGAUCGGUUGCAACCAUGACACAGUAUCGCCGCUGGCAAAUGGUGGACAAGGCCCGACUUCGGACAGUGAAAACUUGUCGUGGAACGUGUGGUUCUUCUUUACCGCCCAGCUGCUGCUCGGUGCGGGUGCAUCGCCACUCUACACCCUCGGCGUUACCUACAUCGACGAGAACGUCUCGAAGAAGAUGUCUUCCGUGUAUUUGGGCAUUUACUACACGAUGGCGGUGGUUGGACCGGCUGCCGGCUAUGUCAUCGGUGGCCAGCUGCUGCUCUUCUACACCGAUAUGUUCGUCGUCGAUGCUACCACGCUCGGUCUAACGCCCCACAGCAAGGUAUGGGUGGGGGCCUGGUGGAUUGGGUUCGUUUUCAUGGCAGCGUUCUGUUUGCUGCUGGCCGUCCCGAUCCUAGCCUACCCGCCCGCCCUGCCCGGCUCGGAGAAGCUGCAGAAAGUGUCGGAAGCGCAUCGGGGCGGUGACGACGGGGACGGUGAGCGGAGCCAGGAAACGUUCACCAAGAUCAAGCAGAUUCCGCGGGCGCUGCUCGCGUUGCUACGCAAUCCGACGUUUUUCUUCCUGAAUCUGGCCGGGGCAUCGGAGGGGCUGGUCAUAUCCGGGUUUGCCGUGUUCCUGCCGAAGCUGAUCGAGAACCAGUUCAGCGUGACGGCGGUCUGGUCCGCGCUGCUGAUGGGCAUCAUUACCGUGCCCGCUGGCGGUGGUGGAACGUUCCUGGGCGGCUAUCUGGUGAAAAAGCUACACCUCUCCUGCUCGGGCAUCAUCAAAUUCUGUCUCUUUGCGACGAUUUUCGCCGCCCUGUUUACCGUGUGCUUUUUCCUCUCCUGUCCAAACCUCACGUUUGCCGGCGUUACCGCUCCCUACUUUCCGCACGAAAACCUCGACACCCCGUACGCCCGCUCGACGGAACCACGCGAUCUCUACUAUCUGCCGAAAAAUCUAGACAACGCGUGCAACGACCGCUGUGCCUGCAGCCGACGGAACUACGAACCGAUCUGUGGAGCGGACGGCAUCAUGUACUACUCCCCGUGCCAUGCCGGUUGCAGCGAGGAGAUCAAUCUCGAGAACGCCAAAGUGUACCGGGACUGCACGUGCAUCAACGCGACGUUCCACGGCGAGCAGAGUGCGCUGUACGGUGGCGGCAGCUACGAUGCCGUCAACACGAUGUGCCAGUCGCAGUGCGACCAUCUGUGGAUCUUUGUGAUGCUUUGCUUUUUGGUGAUGUUUUUCACCUUCCUGGCGACGAUGCCGGCCCUGUCGGCGACGCUCCGGUGCGUGCACGACGAUCAGCGCUCGUUCGCGCUGGGGAUACAGUGGAUUAAGGUGCGCGUGCUUGGUACCAUCCCUGCGCCGAUGAUCUUUGGCCGGCUGAUCGACGAAACUUGCAUCUUGUGGCAGGAGUCGAGCUGUGAUGAUCACGGCGCGUGUUUGGUUUACGAUAACGCGUUCAUGAGCAAAUACAUGCUACUGCUGGCACUGAUCGGUAAGGCGUGCUCGAUACUGUUCUUCUUUGGCGCCUGGUUCUACUACAUCCCGCCCAAAACGAUCACCAACGGCGAUACGGUGACGCAUCAAAAGCAGACGGACAACACGAGUAGCCAACAGAAGGUGCCACCGAACGGGCAUAUUAAUCCUGCCAGGGUGGAAAAGUAUUGAGCGCGUAAUCAAACGAUGGCCGACCAGAUCUGCUCAAACUUGCAGCUUUUUUGUGCAACACCAUUGCUCUAAAGUCAUACAACAAACAGUACUCUUAAGUGUCAUAAUUGUACGUUUUCCCGCGCAUUCCCAUUAAUUGAUAUUUAAGGCAAAUGGUUCUCACAUUCACACACAAGAUAUCAUGUAAAAUUAACAUUAUUAAUCAUAUAGCGUAGAUCGGCGCUUCGUGCAGCGGUUUAAAGUAAGUUCCAGUCAGUUAGAAAAGGUGUAGCAGUUUAGUAGUCGGCUCGGUGGAAUCGAUUCCAGAAUCGUUGAUGUUGUUUCACAGUCGUAGCGUAGUAGCUUUUCUUUUUGUUGUGUUCUCUUUCUCUGUAUCGUCUAAUGAUUCUCAGGAUUGUGACUGAAGCUGUAUUAAGAGCCGUUUCCGCUCAGUUUUUUUUAAUUAAGCAUUUUGUCUUCGAUAUGUCAUAACCCCUGCACUGAUAAUGACCAGUUUUAUAGGAAUAAUGGAUAUGUAUGUACUGCCAAAAAAAUCAAACGUGUAGACUCUAUAUAGUGUGUAAGAGGUCAUUUGAAUAAACUGGAACCCUUGAACUAGGAAA